CUUCGUCUCGCUUGUGUUUGCUUCUUCCUACAUUUCAAUCUUCUCUAGCUCUAGCGACUCUGGGUUUGGUAAAAAUAUAUUGAAGCAAACAAAGCGAACUAAUAGCAGCAGGUGGUGCCAAUGAGUUUUAUUUAUUACUUAUAGCCCAGAAUAAUACCCACUGACCAAAACCAACAAUUCGACUUUACCAAAGACUUAUACCGUUUAUGAGCGACUGUCUCAGCAUUGACCAUCGACGAUAGCUUCCAGAGUAGACCAUACCAAAUGGCAAUAACUAGCCCACAAAACCGCUUCCUUGGUCUGAUGCAACGAGCGGUGCAGGUUCCAGAACACCAGCACCUGGCGCCAACUCCAUCAUCACACUUUUCCAAAGAAGCAGACACGGAUUGAUGUCAUUCCAUCCGUUCAUCGGCGCUUUCAAUAACGGUACCUUGGAGCGAAUCUUGAAUGAAGGAGAAGCUUCAUGCUCAGGAUUUACUUUUGAGUUCGCUCCUUGUCAAACUUCAGGUUCCAGCCUGCUUGGGCUUGCGAAGUUGCGAAGCCGCUAAUCAUGGGGAUAAAUGCUUCCACAUACCUCUCAGGGGGCUUUUCAUUCUGCAAUUGAAUAUAUCAACACCGUGUCCUGACUGCUUUUGUCUUAUCAUCAUUUAUUCUCGAAUUUUAACUAGACAGUAUCUUCAUAGUCCCAACGCCAGUCCAACCAUCACUUUGAGCUAGAGGGAAGUGUUCGAGGCUUUCAUGAGGAGCAGCUCUGACCCUUCAUCUUAUUAGGCGCCCCAGUCAUUCUUGGACAAAAAUUCCUUAAUUAAUUUAUAUCAAAAACCCUUGUUCGCCCUUUCUUAAUGGAUACUAUCGAGCCAGAAGAAGAGCUACUUCAGAUUUGAUCAUCUAAAAGAUCCUCACAAGCUGAAUUAGUUUCAAUGGACGAGAAGGCAGGAUACCCGUCUCAGGAGUCUAGCGCAACUCCAAAGGAAUCUUCACCGAAACGCAGCGCUGAAGCCGCUGGAUUGAGCGGCCCGGACGACAAGUCAAGUCGGAAGAGAGCUUCGAAAGCAUGCUAGUCGUGUAGGGCGCGAAAAGUGCGGUGCGGCGUCAGCGAACACGGAGUGCCCUGUCAUAAUUGCAAACUAGACGACAUCGAGUGCAUAAUCCCGGAGCGCAAAAAGCCAACACGAAUGGCCAAGAGACAUCGUUCCAUUGGAGCAUUUAUAUCAGGCGUACUUUUACGCAUGGAAAGAGCUUCAUCAGACACUGCCGAUUCGCCCGCAGAGAGUGUGCAUGGAACUCGACAUUGCGGGUGGGACAAGACUUUCCUGGACCCUUUCGAAACUGACCUGUUCAUUCCCCCUUCGCCGCUACAACUCUCAGCCAACAUGGGCCUUCUGGAUCCUUCAACCCAUUCUCCAUUGUAUCAUACCUCCCAAAACGGCGUUCUAGUCCGCAUUUUGCUCCUGCAGAUCAAAAACGAAAACACCAUGAUGGUGCUAUGCAAAAACCAGCCGUUCAUGAGUCCUCAGCCAUCAGAGCACGUACAGCGGAUACUAAAUCCGUCUUCGCGAGAAUUAUCUUCAUCGCUACGAAUGUCACCACACACGCCAGCCGUGGAACCACGUAUUAUACCCUCAUCGCUCCAACAGCUUCGAGACGACUACGCUGCAGCAGCCAGCAGACUACGCUCGCUGGAAGAGGCUAUCCAAAACGUUGACUGCCAACUUAUAAAACGACAUCUUGCCCACACCGGCGAUCAAUCCCCGGUAAACACCUACAGCGAACCUCCUGGCCUCAAUAUCAAGAACAACAACACAAAAAAACCACCCCGCUUACCCCGCCUCCCGAAAGAAAAACCGCCGUCGUCAUGGUCAUGCAGACAGUGCAACAGCUCGAGGCUCCACAAGCAAGUGUCCACAAGGAGGCGGAGUCUAGGCCCCAAAUCCAAGCAAAUUCCAACGAGGAAAUUCCGGUAUUUCAGGAUGUAACGGCCGUGGAAAGUGGGCGACGCGAACAAGAGUUUCAGAAUACGUUUGAUACCAUAAUGGAUUUCGGGGCGGGUUCGGAUACGAUGUUUCAAUCUUUUAAUUAUGAUUUCUCUGAGGGUAUAGAGGGUGUUUAGGUCUGGGUUUGCUCGAGUUUAACAUAUUUGGGCGGGUAUAUAAUAAUGAGGUGCAAGUGCAAGAUAAAUUAAUCAUUUUUCUUUCAUGUUCCUUACUGUUUCCCUUCUUUAUUCUUACACAAGGGGGAUUCUUGUUGGUUAGAUACCUGUUUUCAAUUGGGAAUGUUGGCUAUCGCUAGAUGGGAAAAUAAAAGUUUAUAGAGAAAAAUAUACCCUCCCUUCUCCCAUUUUCUAUUUCCCUUUGCGAUCGUGUAGUUUAUUCUAUUGCCUUAAUAUCCCUUUGCCACAAUGUCCAGAUUUUAUGACUACAUUUGAGAAUUGAAAAAGCUGUUCAACAUAUGCUAUAUAACUCCUCUUCCCGUUCCUCUCCCUCCUCGAAGGAGAAAACCUUUUCCUAACCGUAGAAAUAAAACCUCCCUUCUUCCUAGCUAGUCUUGAGGCUCC